UUCAGGAUAGAUUAGGAUUAUCGUCGUUCAUAUCAAAUUGCAAAAAUUCUUACUUUCUUAGUCCACGACUAACGAUUCAUUGAAUUUCUCAUUUCAACCUAGUCAGUUUUCUAUUUUUCGAUUGUUAGAUGAGGUUACAGUGGACUAGUGUAGUCAGGGCACUCGCACUACACUUUUGCUUUGUCUCUCUAUCUAAUGCACUUACAGCUGAAGGCAGUACUAUAGAAGAACCAGAAACGAUUGAUUUGUUAACAGAUGCUAAAGAUAUGAGACAAGCCAUGAGUGGGUGGGGAACUAAUGAGAAUACUCUCAUCAAUAUACUGACUCAUAGGACUUACAACAAUCGCUUAAAAAUAACACAAUUGUACCGAGAAACUUACUCUAAGUCCUUGUGGGAAGAUAUCAAGUCUGAAACAAGCAACCAUUUUAGAACAACUCUAAAAGGGCUUGUGCUGCCAGAGGCUAGGUUCCUAGCAGAGGAGAUGCGAAAUGCUAUGAGCGGUUGGGGGACAAAUGAAGACACCUUGCUGCUGUGUCUGAUGCUAACAGUUAAUGACUACGACACAGUGCAGGGCUUGAAGGACUACUACAAAGCAAUUUACAACACGGAUCUAGAAGAUGAGAUCAAAGGUGAAACUGACUCUCCAUUCAAGGAUUUCCUGGUUGAGGUGCUUGACCGCCCUAAGUUCAAUGAAUCAGCUGAGGUUGACAACGAAGCGGUAGAAGCCGACUUUUCCGACAUCAAAGAGUUCCUCGCUGCAAAGGAGGUGAAGGACAUAGUAUAUCUAGUGACAAGCAGGAGCCUCAAACAUUUGGCUAUUUUGCAGGAAAAGUACUAUCAGAGUGAAGGUUCUGAGCUGUACCAAGCACUGGAAAGUAUAACAGAUCACCAUAUGAAGGACGGGUUUGUCAGUUUGAUGUCAGUUGCUACUGACUUUACCAGAUACUGCGCUUACGAACUUCACAACGCAAUGGAUGGGGACGGCACGGAGGAGGGAGUUCUGACUCGGAUCAUUACUACUCGGGCAGACAAGGAUCUCGCUGACAUUAAGGAAAUGUACUUUGAAAUGUUCAACAAGAAACUUAGCCAACAAAUCAAGGAUGACACAAGCGGUGAUUACAGAAAAACUCUCCUUAGCCUCGUGAACUGACUUUCUUCUCUAGUAGCAGAGUACUACUAUACACAACGAGGAGAGAUAACACUAAUAUUAUUCAUGAUUUAUAAAAUGUGUAUUGUUUUGAAAUUAAAUAAACUCUACCUUAUAUGGUCAUUGGUCAUUAACUGCGACUUUUUGAAUAAUUGACUGUUUGACGAUUGAAUAUAUUGUAUAUGAUACUAUGAUGAUAGUAUCAAGAGACUACCAAAUAAGGCACAAGCAGAAGCUGCUGACACUAAUUUUGCAUCAACUGUAUGAAAAUUUAAUAUUUCAUUAAUUAUAAAA